UAGCCAACCUAACGUUCAUCCAAAAGCUGCAGAUCAUCCAAGCAAACACACUCCACACCUUUCGUGUGGGUGUAUGAGCCUGUUGGUGUCAAGUAUGUCGAGGGCGUGUCGCGAUUGUCUACCAAGCAGCAGGGACGGACUCGCGCAGGACAUGAUCACACCCAUAGACAUAGGCUAUAUACUGUGUCUAUGAGUACGCCGAGCAAAAUGUCAGUUUCUGUUGCCCUCACACUGACCAGACGGACGACACGCUUCUGCCAAACGCUGCCUUCGGCUGUGGACUGCAGUUCCCGGAGUUUUAAGUCCGGCACCCGUGACUUAAAUGUGGAAACAGCGGCUUCGGAAAAGUAUAGGACCAUUGACGACUUGUCUGGACCCAGUCUGGCGACGACUGUGUAUUGGCUCUUCGUUAAGGGAUAUGCCGACAAAAGCCACGCAAUGCAGGUGGAACACCGGCGCCUGUACGGUCCGAUCUGGCGUUCCCGCUUCGGACCGUUUGACAUCGUGAAUGUGGCCACCCCCGAGCUCAUCGCCCAGGUGAUCCGUCAGGAGGGUCGCUAUCCCGUGCGGACGCUUCUGUCUCACUGGAAGGAGUACCGCGAUCUGCGGGGACAAGCCUACGGCCUUCACGUGGACACAGGCCCUGAGUGGUUCCGGCUGCGGAGCGCCCUCAACCCGAAGAUGCUCAAGCCCCAGGAGGUGAAGGUGUUCGUGCCUCUCAUCCAAGCGGUGGUCAGCGACCUGCUGGCCCGCCUGGAGACGCUGAGAGUGCGCAGCCCCGACGGCACCACCGUGCCCGACAUCGCAGCGGAGCUCUACAAGUUUGGCUUCGAAGGCAUCUCGUCCGUCCUGUUUGAGACGCGUCUGGGCUGCCUCCAGGAGGAGAUCCCCGCGGACACGCUGCGCUUCAUCGCCGCCACCAGCGCUAUGCUCCGGCUGUCCGAGACCGUGCUCUUCCUCCCGCACUGGACCCGGGCCGUGCUCCCCUUCUGGAGGCAGUUUGUGCAGGCGUGGGACGACCUCUAUGAUGUUGCUCAGCGCCUGAUCGAUCAGAAGGUGGAGGAGCUCCAGUGUAGAGAGGAGGCGCGGGGAGAGCAGGCCCCAGGAGAGGAGGCGCGGGGAGAGGAGGCGCGGGGUGUGUAUCUGACCUACCUGCUGUCCAGUGGCCGGCUCACUAAAGAGGAGGUCUACAUCACCAUCACAGAGCUGUUACUGGGAGGGGUGGACACGACCUCCAACACGCUGUCCUGGACGCUGUACCACCUGGCGCGGGACUCUGGGGUGCAGGAGAGACUGCGGCAGGAGGUGGCGUCCGUGUGCCCGGGCAAACGGGUGCCCACCGCAGACGACCUGACACACAUGCCCUACCUGAAGGCCGUCAUCAAGGAGACACUCAGGCUCUAUCCUGUCGUCCCGGGCAACGGCCGUGUGACUCUGGAGAAUGAGGUUGUUGUGGAUAAUUACUGGUUUCCCAAAAAGACUCAGUUCCACCUGUGUCACUACGCUGCCAGCCAUGACGAGGCUGAGUUUCCCGAGGCGGAGCGCUUCAUUCCCUCGCGCUGGCUGCGGGGGGCGCCGUCGCGCUCGCAGCACCACCCCUACAGCUCCGUGCCCUUCGGCGUGGGCAUACGCGCCUGCGUGGGCAAGAGACUGGCGGAGCUGGAGAUGUACUUUGCCCUGUCACAGAUCAUGCAACAUUACCACGUUCGGCCAUGUGAGGGCGCCAGUGUCGUUCAGCCCAAGACACGGACUCUCCUCAUUCCGUCUCAGCCAAUCAACCUGCGGUUCCUCCCAAUCGCCUGAAGAGGGCGCUCAUGUAAUCUGUUCAGUGAGAGUGCGUUAGCGGUCUACUAAAGCUCAGACCUUUUGAGUGGCAUUUUUGACAAUAUCACAUUUUACAGCACUGUUUCACUUGCCUUACUAUACAAAUGUGUGUACUCUGAGGGACACAAAGUUGAGUGUUCACUUUUGAACCACGGUAAAACAAACAAAGAUGUAAACACCAUGAACACACGGACAUAAAUAGAGUCGAAGUUAGUUCCCUCGGGGUCUGUGGGUCCCUCUCUCCGGCGUCACCAAAUCACUCCCAGACGGAUGGACAGAAGAGCGGCGUGGAAUGGACUUGUUCCUCGGACACUGCGGCCAGUUCCCUGUUACGCCAAGUUAAUGCACUUUGUGUCAAAUGUUUAAACCGGUUAAAUGAUAUUAUAAUGUUUAAACAGGUGAAAUGAUAUUAUAAUGUUUAAACAGGUUAAAUGAUAUUAUAAUGUUUAAACAUAAAUGAUAUUAUCAUGUUUAAACAUAAAUGAUAUUAUAAUAUUUAAACAGGUUAAAUGAUAUUAUAAUGUUUAAACAGGUUAAAUGAUAUUAUAAUGUUUAAACAGGUUAAAUGAUAUUAUAAUGUUUAAACAGGUUAAAUUAUAUUAUAAUGUUUAAACAGGUUAAAUUAUAUUAUAGUGUUUAAACAGGUUAAAUGAUAUUAUAAGGUUUAAACAGGUUAAAUGAUAUUAUAAUGUUUAAACAGGUUAAAUUAUAUUAUAAUGUUUAAACAGGUUAAAUUAUAUUAUAGUGUUUAAACAGGUUAAAUGAUAUUAUAAGGUUUAAACAGGUUAAAUGAUUAUAGUUUCUUGGUGGGCUAAAACUAACUCUCAGUCAUGUUUCACCGUGUGCUCCCCCAGAAGCUCAGAAGACAUUAUUACCACUGUGCCUUCAUUGUUUGUUUUUAUUUUAGGACAACAACAAUAAUUACAUAUGGCAACUCCUUGUUUAUUGAUUUGGUUGCUUCUUAUGCGAGAAAGCUGCUGGUCUUUUUUUAUUUGAUUCGGGUUUAUAAUCACGUAGUCUAACAUCACUGCUUUAUUACUCAGAGUGUGCUCAUUGUGUAAGUUCUUCUGUAGCCCAUAAGAUGUUUAUCUGUGAGGGUGUGAGAUUUGUGUGUAAGUUCUUCUGUAGCCCAUAAGAUGUUUAUCUCUGUGAGGGUGUGAGAUUUGUCACUGAAGAUUCGUGAUGGGCUAUGACAUUUGCGUGGCGUUCUGUCACCGGAUGACUGUGCCCGUUUGAGCGCCAAACAGUGAGUAAGAUCUCCAGAUCUCAGGCCAACCUGUGGCAAACAAAAGACCAAUCAUGCCAAACCAGUAGCCUAGUAGUGAAUGAGGCCUCGUUGUUUCUAUGGGUUUUAAGCCCUAUUUAUAUUUGUCGCCAACCACUGAUUAAAGGGUUUCAUUUUUCUGAUGCUAAA